CUGUGUCGUUUUGCUUUACGACAAUUGUGACAAACCAGAAGAGUGAACUGCUGGCUACAGAGUUCUUUGGAAAGUCAGGUGAUGUUUUCCACCUCAACGCAAACAAAAACGAAAUGACCUGAGGUACGACAACUUGAUGACUGCCCUACACGCCAGCUGAAGGAUUUGACAAUAACUCACGAUGCGACAAACAAUAACACAUUUUCAACAGUUUUCCUUCUCAGCGCUAGCUACUUAGCUAAGCUAACUUAGCCAGACGCUAACGAAGCCAGUUUGUCAGCUUUCACUCUGGGUAACUUGUUUUGAGUGCGACCAGAAUUCCAUGUGACAUCCUGGAAUUUCCGACCUUAAGCACCCUGGGUGCCGUUUGUAAACGCUGACUCAUAGCUGGGCUUCCUUAGUUUAAACACACAAUGUGGCUACAGCAAAGACUGAAGGGGCUACCAGGCUUGUUAUCGAGCAGCUGGGCGAGAAGAUUGCUCAUAGGACUGCUGCUCUUCAUCAUCUUCUACUGGUAUCUGGGAGCAGAGCGCAGAUGGAGCUUCUUCAGCGGCUCGACCAUGCCCGGUGGGGCUGCCGGACAGUGCCUACUGACUGAAAUCCACAGGUGGAAGUCUUUCGUAGAACGAGGAGAGGGGAUAUACAGCGCACCUCAGGAACAACUAGAUACACCUUUUGUAUCAGGUAACGGCCAUAUUCUUAUUGACAUUGACUCCAACAAACUGUGGGUAGCGUCGUCGGCCCAGCCCGGCUCGGCUCCGGUCCACCAGACUGAAUACUCACCGAGAGUCGGUGUCCACCUGGAGGGGAAACGUGCUGAGGCUCAGGCUACCAUGCUGUGGUUCCGGAAAGGAUCCGUGUUGUCGGUCCGCUGUGCCACACCAGCCGCUCUGCAGUCACCCCGGGACUGUGUCACCAUCAGAGAGGAGUUCAUCGCGCAUAGAAGCAGACCUAACGUGUAUCUCCAACGAAUCCACAUCAACAACCCGUCUGACAGGGCCGCCUCCUUGGAAGUUUCGUCUGACAACCCCUCCUUUGGUAGCAAGUUCUCCAGCAGUGUGGAGAAAGUGGAGGACAGAGACAUAGUGCUCUCCUCUGGCAGAGUGCCUGUGGAGAAUAACCACAUGGUGCUGGUGGUGGUGGUCACCAAGAAGCUCAUCGGCAGGAUCCAGGUCUCUGCCAAAUCAGAUUACAAAGACAACAUCCUGUCAGUGGUGUGGACCUCAGAGCCCAUCGAGCCCUCCAAGCUGGAGGAGACCUUCAGCACCCUCAGAGAUGGAGCCAAAAAGGAGCUGGGGGAGCUGCUCAGGGCCAGUGUGGAGGACCUAGUGGAGGAUCACCAGCAGGCCUGGAUGGACCUCUUUAUUUCAGGUGUUGAAAUGAGGAAGAUCACAGACUCCCACACACCAUCAAGUCGCACAGUGAACACCACCCUCUACUACAUCCUGUCCUCCUUUGUGGCUCCCCUGCUGGAUCGAAGAUUGAGUGGCGAGGAGCGCGCCCAUCUCGAGUCCAGCCUCAACUAUGCCGACCACUGCUUCAGCGGCCACGCCACCAUGCACGCAGAGAACCUGUGGCCCGAGAGGGUGAGCAGUACCGCUCAGAUCCUGCAGCUAGUCACGCUGUGGACUCUGACACUGCAGAAGAGAGGCUGCAAAGUGCUGGUGGCGGCCGGAGCCCACGGAGCCAUGCAGGGCAUGGUGCUCAGUUUCGGUGGCCUUCAGUUCACAGAGAACCACCUUCAGUUUCAGGCUGACCCAGACGUGCUGCACAACAGCUAUGCCCUGAGAGGAAUUCACUACAACCAGGACCUUAUUAACCUGGCAGUGCUGCUUGAUGUGGAGGGGAAACCUUUUCUUCAUGUGUCGGUGAAGCCACAGGAGAAACCGGUGAAGCUGUAUGCCUGCGAGGCCGGCUGCCUCAACGAGCCUGUGGAACUGACAUCAGAGAUCAAAGGUCACACCUUCCCUGUGAUGGUGACACAGCCCAUCACACCACUCCUGUACAUCUCCACAGACCUGCGCCACCUGCAGGAUCUCCGCCACACCCUGCACCUCAAGGCCAUCCUGGCCCAUGAGGAGCACAUGGCCAACAGGUACCCAGGCCUGCCCUUCCUCUUCUGGUUCAGCGUGGCCUCGCUCAUAACACUCUUCCACCUAUUCCUCUUCAAACUCAUAUACAACGAGUACUGUGGCCCCGGCGCUAAGCCCCUCUUCAGGAGCAAGGUCACCCGCAAAAGUGAGGAUGGCUGCUGUGACACCAGGAAUGCUGCUUGAAAACUGCAAUGCUAUGCACACAUUCAACACGUCGUAGUGGCUCUGUUUGACCUUUGCCAACAAGGGUUAUAUUAAGAUGGGUGUGCUGGGGCUGAAUGACAUCCAGUUUUUGGGGGGGUUUAAAUCAAUUAGAUUAGCAAUGAUUAAGCGGAAGACAGAUGACAUGAUAAGGCAAGAGAAAGAAGCAACCAAAAAUAACAGUAUUUGGGUGUGUGGUGUGAGUCAAGUGGCGUCCAAGUGAAUGCCAGGACCAAAGGUUUCCCAGCAAAAUACUGCAUUGUAACGAGAUAAUGAAUGUUAUUCAUGUUACCUGUCAGUGGUUUGAUGUUGUGGCUGAAGGGUAUAUGUUGACCCACUUUUGCCCCACAGUAUAUUCUAAAACAGUGGUGAAAGCCUGCCACACACAGAUGGAUGAUAAAUGAAACCCAACUAAGCACAGGUGAUCAUUUGAGGUGUGGUGACUAUGACCUCACUGACUUACUUACAUUAAUAAAGACUUGGCAUUCAUUAUAAGUUGAUGCUGAUGUCAUCAGUUUCUAUCUUCUGUCUGUCUGUAUCUUCAGCUCUGGAUGAUUUUAAGCUUUUCCUGCGGUGCGCCUGACACCAUUUUUGAUUUUUGAAGCUUUUUGUCUGUCCCUCCUCUUCUCUCUUACUUGUCAGCCCUAUAAUAUUAACUGUUAUCUAACAUUCUGCUGUUGUUUCACUCUGAUAAAUCUUCCAAGUACAAUCAGCCUUGUAACACACUUCUCUGCCUGAGUGAACAGGGUAGAGAGUUUGGAAGCAGCUGCUGCAUCGGCUAAGGAUUUAGAGAAAAAGUGGUUUAUAACAGCUUUGGUUUUAUCUCAAUACAUUUGGCUGUUGGUUUUAUUGGUUAUGAUAGCAUUGUACACACCAAAACAACCAAACAAAUAGUGAUGCUUGAUACUGGAUUUUUUGCUGAUAUCUGAUAUGCACCAACUUAUUUGACCGAUACCGAUAACAAUAUAUCAGCUUUAUUCCCAAUCUAAUUUUAGUGAUUAUCAGGUCUCUUCUGUGGUGAAAUUAACAUCAUAUUAUACACACAUACUCUUAAUGUGAUGACCCACCAGCAGAUUCUAAUUGUUCAUUUUAAAGCUAAUAAUGACUGAUACUGAUGAUGUGCUGAUAUUUUCAUGCAUCCCUAUAAACAGACCACUUUUCUGUUCAAAUGUGACCUAUUGGAUCAGCUGUAGCUGUGUACACUUCCAAGUGUAUGUAUUUCACCAAUUUAAAUGUUUUUUACAUUUUGUUCAGGAAAUUCACCCCAAAUCCAGCCCUCUGCUCGGAUCAGGAUAAUCCUCAUUUUUUGGAUCAAAGGUAUCCCGAUCCUACUACAAAGUUUUCAACAACACAUUCUGAUUUAAGCUAGAUCUGAUCUGAUUUCAGAUAGGAUCAAAUCUUGGAAAUUGGCUGAUCAUUCUGAACCAGAUUAAAUUUUUAACUGGGCCUUGGAGUUCAAACACAAACACCUGCUGUAAUGUCACUGGCUGGUGAGAGGCAGGAGUGCAACAUGCUUCAAAGUUUUAACCCAUAAGUAACCACAUGCCUGUUUGCCACAUGUAUGUCUUGUUUUUUUUCUUACUGGUUGUUCCUCUUAUUCUGACAGAUCAAGUCAAUUUGAUGAUGCAACAUACUUCUAAGGCCUUGUAAAUAAUAAUUCAAAAAUAAUGUGUUAACAGAAUAUUUAAAGAUGGUUAAGCUUU